AUGGACAAAAACAAUGGCUCAAACUCUUCUGUGUGCGACAAAAUCCGUCAAGCACUUGCAAGCAACCCUGCUGUUCGAGCCGUUCAACGCAUCACAAGCUUCAAUCAAGAUCCUAAACCCCUCACCAAACAUCCAAAAACACCUUCAUCCAUCACUAAUAUUCCUAUCCAAAACAAACCUCAUUCAAACCAUAAAGCUCACAAAGAAGGAUCUGGGUCAGAAACAAUUCCCAUAAAGUUUGAUCACUCAACCCCUAAGUUGAGUAAUGGAAGCUCAGCAGUCUCAAGUGCAGCAAAAGGUUCAGAAAGAGCUACCAAAGUGGUUGUUAAAGGUGAACCUCAUCCACAGCAUGUUCCCAUGCAAGGGUAUAAACAACAUGGUCAUCAUGGGGUGCACACAGAAUCAACACUCGGUAAGAAACCAAUGGAUAUUAAUGACCAUUUCAAAGAUUUCAUUCAACAGACCAGGGAGAAAAUGAUGAGAAGCAUGACGAACAUUGGUUUUGGUCAGAGCAACCAUGCGGCUGCAGCAGAUCAAGAGCCUCAACAUGGUGCCAACAAAAACGAAAGCCAUUUUUCGGACUUUAUUCAGCGUGCUAGGAAGAAGCUCAGAACUACAACAACUGCCCGAAAGAAUAAUUACACGAAGAAAGAGUGA